UAGAAUUGAGUUGAAAACGUGGACUGGAGAUGUAAAAGCCAAAAUUAAAAGUUUUUAUAACGCAAUUGAACAUGUUUUACAAGAUACUUCACUUGAUAUUCAAAAACAAGAAAAACUAGAACAUUUAAAGGAAAUGCCUGAAGAUGUGGCUCGAAACAAGUCAGAUCUAAAAUAUUCAGAUGAAGUACGCAAUGCUUAUGAUGAUAUUUAUAAUGCAUUGGAGACUUUAAAUAAGAUGAAUUUAACAAAAUUUGAUGACAACAAUCUAUUAACAAUAGAAGUUAUUGACAUCUCUUCUGAGUGGGCUUGUUCUUAUCUUAAAAAUAAUACAAUUGAUUUUCUUAAGUGGGUUUUUUCUGAGAACUCUGUUCCUUCUUUAAACAAAUGGGUAGAAAGUGUGGAAUCACAAAAGCAUUGUGCUCAAAAAAUUCUUGAAUGUUUAGGAGAGAAGCAAAGUCUUGCUAGUAAAAAUUAUAAGUUGACAAAUUCUUCAAACUUUGCAGUUGGCGAUUGUCUGGAUAUAAUGUUCACUAUAAAAAUUAGCAAGAAUCAUCUUGAGUUGCUUUAUGUUGAAAGUAGUUGA